ACUACAGUUUAGUUUCAGUUUAACAACAUUUGAGAAAACAACGUAUAUUUGAGAAGUAGAGUAAAUAAAUACUAGAUACAAGAAAUUGAAAAAAAACCAACAACAAAUAAAACAAUAUACAUAUAUCCAAAAUAAAAUAUUAACAUUUAAAAAAUAAAAGAAAAUAUUAGUGUUUUUUCUUUUAUGUCUGUAAUGUUUACGUGUGUGUGAAUUAUGAUUUUUGUUAAAAUCAACGUUUAAAAACUUUUUCUUCAACUCCCCCUCACAAAAAGAAACAACAAACACUUGACAAAUGUUUUAAUUAAUCAAAGCCUAAAAAUCGAUUUUAUUUUGCCAAGGAGGAACAUAUAAAACCAAAAUCAUGAAUAUUUGAAACAAAUUUUUUUAACAAAAAAUUUUGUUUCAAUAUCAAUCGUCUGAUUUGAAUUGAAAAAAAAAACUUUGUAUAAAAAUAAAAAAGAGAAAAGAAAAAAAUCGUUGCAUUUUCGUAACUUUUUGUGAUAAUAUAAAUUAAUUAAAAUAUUUUUUAAAUUAAAUAAAAUUUUUUUUACAAACUAAAAAAAAUCUAUUUAAAAAAAGUACAAAUUAGUUAAAAAAAAUCAUUUAGACUACUAAGACACUUUGUACUCAUACAAACACUUAAAAUUCAUAAAAAAUCUCACAAUUCAUCCUCUAAACACAAAGCAACGGCUCAGUUUUUGAUUGUCCCAAUAAUCAAAAACCAUUUUUCAACAAUAAAUUAAAAGUGCAAUAAUAUUCAAACAUCAACAACAAAUAAACUAAUUAAAAGAAAAACAUUCCUCCUGCUUUUUAAAAAUGGCUGUCAAAAUGUACUAGGCCAGCCCUCACAAUGUCUGUCCCUGUACGCUACUCUGCUGCCGCCAAUUACGCCGUCGCUGAUAGUGGUUUAACAAAUACUCUGAACAACAACGAACACGAGCAAUACCAACACUACGCCUCCGAGGAGUUGUAUAGCAGUCAUUUGUAUAACCACCACCAACAACAACAGCUGAACAACAGCAUCUACGGCUUUAACAACAUUUUGGAGGAGCAGCAGCAGUUGAUGCAGCAGAGCACAUCGAUGUCUGUGUCGGCAAAGCCACAAGAAGACCUGGUAGGAGCAGGUAAUUCAGCAGCAGGAGCCUAUCACCAUCAUCAAAUGAAUCAGCAGGAGCAAGCCACCACCUCGGCCAAGGCCAGAGAAAUGAUGGCUGCUCAGUUGAAUGAGAUGCCCACAACAUCGGCGAUGGCGGCGGCAGCAGCUGAAUCUGCAAAUACUGCGGCUAUUAAUGGCAGCAGCCACACUGCAGAGAUGCGAACUGAGUGGAUGAGGAUGUCUGACGAGGGCCGGUAUGGAACACCGGGUGCUGCUGGCUUAGAUUAUCAGAAAUUUGAGCUGGAACAACAACAUCAAACAACACCUAAUCUAAUGGACCAAACCAUGGAGCCUUCGUUCACGGACAAUGAGAAGAAUAAUAGUAGUAGUAGCAAUAACAAUUUGGAAGAUGAACUAACAUCGAUGUCAUCUGAGGAGCUUUACAAUACUCUUAAGGAAUAUGAUGCUCUACAGGAUAAAUAUCAUACUGUGUUAUUAUUGCCUAAGGAAUCAAGGCGUGAAGUUACAGCUGGCGGUCGUGAUGGCUCCGCUUAUGUUUUACGUUGCCUUAAAAUUUGGUAUGAGCUGCCCUCCGAUGUUCUAUUCUCGGCCAUGAGCUUAGUGGAUCGUUUUCUAGAUCGCAUGGCAGUUAAACCCAAACACAUGGCCUGCAUGAGUGUGGCCUCUUUCCAUUUGGCCAUAAAACAAUUGAAUUUGAAGCCUAUACCCGCCGAAGAUUUGGUAACAAUAUCACAGUGUGGUUGCACCGCUGGCGAUUUGGAACGUAUGGCUGGUGUAAUUGCCAAUAAAUUGGGCGUACAAAUGGGUCAUGCACCCAUUACGUCGGUCAGUUAUUUGCGCAUUUACUUUGCCCUUUUCCGUAAUCUGGCCAAAGAAAUUGGCGGUCAAUUCUUUGAAUUCUAUAAACAACUCAUCAAAUUGGAAGAAUUGGAAAAUCGUUUGGAAAUAUUGCUGUGUGAUGUAAAAACAACUGUUAUUACACCAUCCACUUUAGCUUUGGUCUUGAUAUGCCUGCAUUUAGAUUUUCACAUUAAGGAAUCAUAUACACGUGGUAGUCCCGAACUAAAGCAUGUCUUUGAAUACAUACUCUUCUUGCAACAAUAUAUGAGGAUUCCCGAUCGUGUCUUCACCUGCGGUUUUAGUAUUGUUUCGGGUAUUUUGUCCCAUUACAACGGACAAAAUAAACAACCCUAUAAGCAACGUUUGGUUUGGAAAUUAUCUAGCCGCACUUUACGUGUAUUGCGUCCAACCAAUCGCUUUUCAACAGACCUGCCCACCAUUGAUGAAGGCAUUACUAAUGCUAUGGAUGAUGGUUUACGAUCCAGAACCGAAAGUAUUAGUUCCGAAGAAGAGGAGGACUGGCCAACUUCACCCAUUAUUCCAAUUUUCGAACAAUGUUAGUACGAGUUCAGAGGCGUUCAACAACAACCAGAACAACAAUAAGAACACAACAAAGAAGAGCAUACAACAGGAUGAAAUAUGCUAUAGAAAAAACUUUAAAAAAUUUUUUAUUUUCUACCAAACAAACAGAAGAAAAACGAAAAAUUUUGCCCCCAUUAGAAAAAAACGUAUUUAGUUCAAGUGUAUGCAAGCAGAAAUGGAACAGAGAGAAGACAUUAACCAAAUGCUGCCAAAACUUGAAAACAUAAACAGAUAAGGAAGGAAAGCCAAGAGUUUUGAAGGAAAAAGCAAACAAAGCUGCUACUGCAAACUAAAUACGUCAAGUGGAUGAGAAAGAAAACAAACAAACAACAUCACCAAACUACAAAAAAACAUAUCCUGCAAGAUUUUAAAAAUUCAUUUAUUUUCACUCUUUCUUUUCUUUCUAACGGACUCGUACUAAAAAAAAGAACAUUUGUAAGAAAAAUAAAAGGAAAACACAGGAGAUGCGUGUAUAUUUUUGUAAACAUUUGAAGAAGUAGAAAAACAACACAAAGUGCAUCAUAAUAUUCUUUAACUUUUUUCAAACCCUCUCCCCGGAGUGUUGUAAAGAAAAAAACAAAAGCUAUAGAAAUUAACAGAAAAAACUACAUACAAACAUAAAAGUUGAUGAUACAAAAACUACAACCAACAACAUGAUAUUUUAAGAUGAAGAAUACCACAAUUAAUAAGUUUAAUAUCCAAAUUUUAUUAUUACCAUAGCGAAAAAAAAACUAAAAAAAAUCUAAAAAAAUAAAUAAAUAUAAACAAAAAUAUAAAAAAAAUACAAAACAAAAACUUUGGAAGCGGACCAUCAUAUACCAGGAUUGAUGUAGAUCCGAACCUACAAAACAAACACAACAACAACAAACAAACAACAUGUUUUUUUCAUAAACGACAGCUGUUUCAAUCCACAAUAGUUUCUGGAGAGAUUUUAAAAGUUGAUAACUAAAAAUAGCUUCAAGUGUUUUCACACACUUUAAGGUAAUUUUAUUCUCGACUUUAAUCAUGCCAUUUAACUAUGAGGAUUGCGGAAUUUAUUGUCUGAGCGUUUUAUUUGUUCGGAAAAGUAUGUGUUUCUCUUUUAAAAAACACUCUCUUCUUCUUGAAUAUAUUUGGGUUCGCUCAACAUAAAAUAUUGAAAUAUAAAUAAUUAUAUAAUUUAUUACUAGAGCCUACAAUUAAGUGGAAAAAAAUCUUUAGAAAAAAAACAAUAUUAAAACAAAAAAACCCAAACAAAAA